GUCCCGGCUCGGGGUCCGGGCUGGGGAGGGGAACCUGGGCGCCUGGGACCCGCCGAUGCCCCCUGCCCCGCCCGGAGGUGAAAGCGGGUGUGAGGAGCGCGGCGCGGCAGGUCAUACUGAACAUUCCAGAUACCUAUCAUUACUCGAUGCUGUUGAUAAAAGCAAGAUGGCUUUGAACUCAGGGUCACCGCCAGGUGUUGGACCUUACUAUGAAAACCAUGGAUACCAACCGGAAAAUCCCUAUCCUGCACAGCCCACUGUGACCCCCAAUGUCUACGAGGUGUAUCCGGCUCAGUACUACCUGUCCCCCGUACCCCAGUACACCCCGAGGGUCCUGACGCAUGCUUCCAACCCCACCGUCUGCACGCAGCCCAAAUCCCCGUCGGGGACAGUGUGCACCUCAAAGACUAAGAAAGCACUGUGCGUCACCAUGACCCUGGGAGCCGUCCUCGUGGGAGCUGCGCUGGCCGCUGGCCUGCUCUGGAAGUUCAUGGGCAGCAAGUGCUCCGACUCUGGGAUAGAGUGCGACUCCUCAGGUACCUGCAUCAGCUCCUCUAACUGGUGCGAUGGCGUGUCACACUGCCCCAGCGGGGAGGACGAGAACCGGUGUGUUCGCCUCUAUGGACCAAACUUCAUCCUUCAGGUGUACUCAUCUCAGAGGGAGUCCUGGCACCCUGUAUGCCAAGAUGACUGGAACGAGAACUACGGGCGGGCGGCCUGCAGGGACAUGGGAUAUAAGGAUAGUUUUUACUCUAGCCAAGGAGUAGCUGAUAACAGUGGGGCCACCAGCUUUAUGAAACUGAACACAAGUGCCGGCAAUGUCGAUAUCUAUAAAAAACUGUACCACAGUGAUGCCUGUUCUUCAAAAGCAGUGGUUUCUUUACGCUGUAUAGCUUGCGGGGUCCGCUCAAACUCAAGCCUCCAGAGCAGGAUCGUGGGCGGCCAGAACGCGUUCCCGGGCGCCUGGCCCUGGCAGGUCAGCCUGCACGUCCAGAACAUCCAUGUGUGCGGAGGCUCCAUCAUCACCCCCGAGUGGAUCGUGACAGCUGCCCACUGCGUGGAAAAACCUCUUAACAAUCCGUGGCAAUGGACGGCAUUUGCGGGGAUUUUGAGACAAUCUUUCAUGCUCUAUGAAAAAGGAUACCAAGUAGAAAAAGUGAUUUCUCAUCCAAAUUAUGACUCCAAGACCAAGAACAAUGACAUUGCGCUGAUGAAGCUGCAUACACCUCUGACUUUCAACGAGUUAGUGAAACCAGUAUGUCUGCCCAACCCAGGCAUGAUGCUGGAGCCAGAACAGCACUGCUGGAUUUCUGGGUGGGGGGCCACCCAGGAGAAAGGGAAGACCUCAGACGUGCUGAACGCUGCCAUGGUGCCUCUCAUUGAGCCGUGGACAUGCAACAGCAAAUAUGUCUAUGACAGCCUGAUCACACCAGCCAUGAUCUGUGCCGGCUUCCUGCAGGGGACUGUGGAUUCUUGCCAGGGUGACAGUGGAGGGCCUCUGGUCACUUUGAAGAACGAUGUCUGGUGGCUGAUCGGGGACACAAGCUGGGGAUCUGGCUGUGCCCAAGCUUACAGACCAGGAGUGUACGGGAAUGUGACCGUAUUCACGGACUGGAUUUAUCGACAAAUGAGGGCAGACGACUAAUCCUCAUGAUCUUUGUCCUUGACGUCGUUCUACGAGAAAACUAAGCGGCUGGUUUUGCUUCCCCGUGCAUGAUUUACUCUUACACAUGAUUCAGAGGUCACUUCACUUUUAUUAAACAGUGAACUUGUCUGGCUUUGGCACUCUGCCAUUCUGUGUAGUCUGCAGUGGCUCCACUGCCCAGCCUGCUCUCCCUAACCCCUUGUCCACAAGGGGUGAUGGCCGGCUGGUUGUGGACACUGGCGGUCAAGUGUGAACGAGAGGGGUGGAGGCUGCCCCAUUGAGAUCUUCCUUUUGAGUCCUUUCCAGGGGCCACUUUUGGAUGAGCACGGAGCUGUUGGCUCUCAGCUGCUGGAUGGCUUGAGAUGGAAAAGGAGAGACAUGGAAAGGGAGACAGCCAGGUGGCACCUGCAGCGGCUGCCCUCUGGGGCCACUUGGGUAGUGUCCCCAGCCUAGCUCUCCAUAGGGGGUUUUUGAUGAUUGGUUCUUAGUGCCUUAGCAGCCCCGGAUGGUGGCUGGAAAUAAAGGAACCAGCCCUUCAUGGGUGGUGACAUGGUAGUCACUUGUAAGGGCAACAGAAACAUUUUCGUUUUUACAGGGUGAGAAUGUAGACAGUGCCCUUGGUGCAAGGGAAGCAAUUGCAGAGGAACUUGUCCUGAGCACUCCUGGUGCAGGUCUCCACUUGCACAUUGGGUGGGGCUCCUGGGAGGGAGACUCAGCCUUCCUCCUCAUCCUCCCUGACCCUGCUGCCAGCACCCUGGAGAUUGCACAUGCCCCUUGGUCCUGGCAGGGGACCAAGUCUGGCACCACGUUGGCCUCUUCAGGCCUACUAGUCACUGGAAAUUGAGGUCCAUGGGAGAAAUCAAGGAUGCUCAGUUUUAGGUACACUGUUUCUAUGUUAUGUUUCUACACAUUGCUACCUCAAUGCUCCUGGAAUCUUAGCAUUUGAUGUCUCCAAGUAGUCCACCUACAUUUAACUCUUGGAAACUAUCAUCUUUUUGCCAAGUUUGAGUGGUGGCCUAUUUGAGAUACUUUGACAAAAUGAUUGGCUUCUGACUCAAUGUUCUAUAAAUGAAUGUGCUGAAGGAAAGUGCCCAUGGUGGCGGGGAAGAAGAGAAAGAUGUGUUUUUUUUGGACUCUUGCUGGUUCCUUCCAAUGCCGUGGUUUUCCAACCAGGGAAAGGGUCCCUCUUGUAUUACCAAGUGCCAUAACCAUGAGCACUACUCUAACAUGGUUCUGCCUCUUGGCCAAGCAGGCUGGUUUGCAGGAAUGAAAUGAAUGAUUCUACUGCUAGGACUUAACCUUGAAAUGGAAGGUCAUGCAAUCUCAUUUGCAGGAUCCGUCUGUGCACGCGCCUCUGUAGAGAGCAGCAUUCCCAGGGACCUUGGAAACAGGUGGCACUAUAAGGUGCCUGCUCCCCAAGACACAUCCUAAAAGGUGUUGUAAUGGCGAAAACGUCUUCCUUCUUUAUUGCCCCUUUUUAUUUAUGUGAGCAACCGUUUGUCUUUUUUGUAUCUUUUUUAAACUGUAAAGUUCAAUUGUGAAAAUGAGUAUCAUACAAAUAAAUUAUGCAAUUUUUUUUUAGAGUAA